UGAUGUGUGUACAUCAGAUAAUUGAUCAGUAGCUUAGUUCAACUAAACUGCCCUCAAAACCGACCGAUUCUCUAUCUCUCUCUCUCUCUCUCCCUCGCUUUCUCAAUUCUCAAACUCUAUCGUUUCAUUUUGAUUUCCGCUGCCGAAUUGUUUGCUGGAUCUUCAGGAAAAUGGGUACGCUGCCUCGUACUUCCCACUCUUCUUUUCGUUCUUAUUGUUAUUCUACUCUUACUGCUGCUAGUAUUGCUAGUGCUAGGAAAAACCCGAAUCACAAUCACAAUCUGAAUCAAAAUCAAUUCUUGAAAUCUGUUAGAGAUGAGUGCCAAUCUAGAAGCUUUAGGAAUGUUGAUGAUGCCUUAGACAUGUUUGAUAAAAUGCUUUGAUUAAUUGCUUCGACCAUUUGAACCGAGUAGAUUUUGGGUUCUCUGUCUUAGCAACAAUUUUGAAACUUGGUUAUCACCCAAACUCUUUUACUCUAAAAACCCUUGUCAAGGGGCUCUGUCUUCAAGGUAACAUUGCUGGAGCUGUGAGGUUGGUAGAAGAAAUGGAGAAGAAUGGGUAUAAGCCUGGUGCAAUUACUUGUAGAACAAUACUGAAUGGUCUGUGUAAGAUUGGACAGACUAGUAUGGCUAUUAGGUUGCUUAGGAAGAUGGAAGAAGGGAAUUUUGAGCUUGGUCUGACAGCGUAUAGCACAAUCAUUGAUAGUUUAUGUAAGGAUAGAUUGGUAACUGAGGCUUUGAACCUUUUAUCUGAAAUGAUGAGUAAAGGCAUUCAGCCGAACGCUGUCACUUACAAUUCCUUAAUUCAAGGCCUAUGCAAUUUCAGCCGGUGGAGAGAGGCUACUACUCUGUUGAAUGAGAUGGAGCAAAGGAAGAUCGUGCCAUGUGUGAGGGCCUUCAGCAUAUUGGUGGACGCAUAUUGCAAAGAAGGGAUGUUGAUAAAGGCAAAAGAAGCUUUUAAUGUGAUGAUUGAAAGAGGAAUCAGGCCUAACACAAUCGCUUACAAUUCUCUAAUUGAUGGUUACUGUUUGCAAAGCAAAAUGGAUGAUGCAGUCAAAACAUUUAAUACGAUGGAUGAGAGGGGUUUUUCACCUGAUGUGUUUAGCUAUAACAUAUUAAUCAAUGGAUUUUGCAAAAAUAAAAGAAUUGAUGAAGCAAGGAGUCUCUUUGAUGAAAUGUCCACCAAGGGAGUGGCUCUUGAUGUUGUGACUUAUAACACUCUUAUAGGUGGGUUUUGUCGAGUGGAGAGACCCCGGGCUGCACUAGACCUAUUACAUAAGAUGCAGGCAUGUGGCCAACUUCCAGAUCCCCAAACCUAUGCUAUCUUGUUGGAUGGCCUUUGUAAGAACAAAAAAAUUGGGGAUGCGAUGGCAUUGUUUCAAGAGAUGAAAGACAAAAAGUUGGACCACAAUAUUGUGUUUUACAACAUCUUGAUUGAUAGUAUGUGCAAUGCUGGGAAACUUGCAACUGCAAGAGAAAUCUUUAGUGGUCUUUUUGCGAAAGGAUUGCAACCUGAUGUUCGGACUUACACUAUAAUGAUCAAAGGGUUUUGUAAAGAGGGGCUAAUUGAUGAAGCAAGUCUUGCAAGUUUGCUUUUUGGGCCACGGUUUACACUGAUCAAGAUUUGGGCCAUGGUUUACACUGAUCAAGAUUUGGGCCAUGUGAACAAUAUUCACUAUGUGGAAAUUCCCUUGCACUUGUCUAAAUUCCUGUGUAAGAAUGGACAAGUUGUUGAGGCAAUAAAAGUGUUUCAUGAGAUGGAAGACAAAUCAUUGGGCAACAAUAUUGUGAUUUACAGCAUUUUGAUUGAUGGUUUGUGUAAUGUCGGGAAUCUUACAGUUGCAAGAGAACUCUUUUAUAGUCUACCUGCGAAAGGAUUGCAACCCAAUGUUCGAACUUACACCAUAAUGCUCAAAGGGCUUUGCAAAGAGGGAUUGCUAGAAGAAGCAAGUGAGAUAUUUGAGAAAAUGGAUGGGAGCGGUUGUUCACCUAACGAUCGCACAUAUAACACAAUAAUCCAAGGGUUACUACAACAUAAUAAGACAUUAAAGGCAAUUAAAUAUCUUGAAAUAAUGGUUGACAAGGGUUUUUCAGCAAAUGCAACAGUUGCAAGCAUGGUAUUUGACUUGCUGUCAUCUAAUCAAGUAGAUAAGAACAUUCAAGAAUUUCUCCAGAAGCUAGUGUGAAGGUUUUUUAGUUUCUCAACAUCAAGGACAAGUUUCAUAUUUUAUCCGUCACAUGUCAAUCUUUAAAAGAUGUGUAUCAUUUCAGCUUUUCAGCUGGCCUUUUGCCAAGG